AACACCAUUUCCGUUUGCUCAACUCCUUUACCUUUUUGACAGGCAGACAUACAAGCAGCUCUUUUUUUGAGCCGCCCAAAAUCUGCGUUUUAGCUUAACAUCUUUUAAUAAAAACUAAACCAAUAUGGUUGUUAAGAAGCCAAGACCGAAGAAGAAGCCAGUGACCAAGAAGGUGGCUCCAGCCCCUCUAGCCGUCAAGAAAGCUGUUGUCAAGAAAACUGUCAACCAGCUUUUCGAGAAGAGGCCAAAGAACUUUGGCAUUGGACAAAACAUCCAACCCAAACGUGAUUUGUCUCGUUUCGUCAGAUGGCCCAAAUACAUUCGCGUCCAGCGUCAAAAGGCUGUCCUCCAGAAGCGUCUGAAGGUACCUCCACCAAUCCACCAGUUCACCCAGACCUUGGACAAGACCACCGCUGUCAAAAUGUUCAAGUUGUUGGAGAAAUACAGGCCCGAGUCAGCUUUGGCCAAGAAGCAGCGCUUGAAGAAACUCGCCGAGUCCAAGACAAAGGGCAAGGAAGUCCAGCCCAAGAAGAAGCCCACUUUCGUGAGGUCAGGAACCAACACUGUCACCAAGUUGGUUGAACAGAAGAAGGCUCAAUUGGUCGUCAUCGCCCACGAUGUCGAUCCCCUUGAGUUGGUUCUGUUCUUGCCAGCAUUGUGCCGCAAAAUGGGAGUCCCAUACUGCAUUGUUAAGGGCAAGGCUCGUUUGGGAUUGUUGGUACGUCGCAAGACCUGCACUGCCUUGGCUCUUACCGGAGUCGAAGCCAAUGACAAGGCUAACUUGGGCAAGAUCUUGGAAGUCGUCAAGACCAACUACAACGACCGUCAAGACGAAAUCAGGAAACACUGGGGAGGUGGUAUUUUGGGAUCCAAGAGUUUGGCCCGUAUCGCCAAGCUGGAACGCGCCAAGGCGAGAGAAUUGGCACAGAAACAAGGAUAAACAAAUCAUACUUGUUUUUAUUUGUUUUUUAAGCCUGAGAUAAUAAAAAUAGUUUGUACAAAAACCUACAAAAAAU